AUGCUGCCGAAUAACGAGGUUCGAGUGCCCCCGCGGCAAGUUGCGCCGUCCGCUCCUCGGCGCGACAUCACGGCCGAGUUCACGGAGGCCGCCUCAAAGUUACGGACCGGCCAGCUUGUGAAAGAUGAGACGUUUACCCUUUUCGAAGCCGUGGGCGCAUUGGAGAUUAUGGACUCCAAGAUGGACAGCGGUUACAUUGCCCCAGGUGAAAAUCAAGCGCAGGCGCUAGAGGACGAUUACGACGUGCGACGAGAAUUGACACCAGAGGAGGUUGUGGGCUUGAUGGAUCAGCUACUUUGCCACGAGAUGGCAUGGCAUAUGGGCCAUCCGCUUUCACAAACCCUCUUCACAUCUAUCUAUCUUGAUAAAUUAUUGUCGCCAGUGCCGAAGACCAUGGAGGACGCUCGAUUUGAUCGCGUGCCCAGUGAAUCGAUCCUCGUAAGCCUUGUGCUUCGAGCAUAUUGUCUUGCACUGGUCAAGGCUUGCGAUUAUGUCCAUGCCCGAGUGGCGGUCGAGUAUUACUACGAGGAGGAGGACUUUGUCACCCAGCUGUAUAAUCGUAACCUCUUGUCUGUCUUUGAUGGAUCGCAUUUUUACCGCCUGCUGGACCAGGCGGUUGCGUGGGUGGAUGAACAGAAAGAUAUAGAUAAAAAGCUCAAGGACGCCAUUCGCUGCAGACUACUGUUCCGGUACGAUUUUCUGGCUGCAUUGGAUCAGGAUCUUGACAUUUUGGAAACCCGAGCAACAGACAGCUUCAGGGCAUGUUUGUCACACCUUGAUGAACUGAAAGAGUCGCACUUGCUAGGCAAAUCUGUACCAGAAGCCUUCAGCUUGAAGAUCCAACGAAAACUCGCCAGCACUGUUCCCCCACGUCCCAUUGUGCAUAUCAGUCAUGAAGAUGCUCUUGCUCAUUCAAAACGGCUCUGCCAAGACGCUAUUGAUAUUGUGCAGAUACUUGACUAUCGUGGCCCAACCAACUUCAAGACUGCCAUAUGGACUCUCAUGUCCCGGAAACCUCAGCCGUCAGUUUAUAUUCGCUGUCUUAUUCAGGCAUUGAUUGUUAGCGACAUGACCAUUCUGGGCGCCGUUUCAGUGAAAAAAUUCCUGUUUGAUGAUCUUGCAGAGCUGGUACUGCCAUGUAGUAUUCUUCUGGAGGCAAACACCGACGACGUGGAACUCCCAUCGGAUCCUCGGUUCCAAAUUGCCCGCCACAUGGACGGUUUUGUGAAACGAUUUGCCCAGCCUUUUGUGGACUCAGUGCGAUGUUCUUGUCUGAACCGGUGUCGGGUUCGUCGAACCGUUUGCCAUACUGUCGUGGACUGGGAUAGUUUGCAGAUGGAGGCCGAGGAACUAGAUUUGCAGCUUCAAGCCCUCAGCGGAGAGCCCCCACUGCAGAUCGGGGGUGGGGAGCCGACUUACUCAUACCCACUUAGUAGCUGGGCAUAUCACCAGAAACUAACGCAGCUUCGGCUUAUCCUUCAAAUGGGAUUUGAACUUGCGAUCUAUUCCCCAGAGGAGCUGCCCGGGAUGUACUGGUAUCUCUCGCACAUAUGCUCCACGCACCUCGGCCACCUAGACCGCAUUCGGACUUUCAUGGUCGCGGCCCGAAGACGAGACUUAACUUCAACAAGUAAUCGGGCGGCUGAUGCAACCCGGAGAGCUUCCGCAUUUCACAAGUCAUUCCGGUGCCUGGAGAGAUUGACGACGCACUUGAUUGCGGUGGACGCUUUUGCGAUUGCCCUUCAUGCCCUAUAUGUUCUCCUGGCCCGACACAAGAUCCUCCCAUCUGCCUCGGGCUCGGAUGCAUACUCGACGGACAAAUUACGGUAUGAAAUUCGCAUGAAGCCAUUCCUUCCCAUUUCUCUGCCCGAGCUGGUUCCAUUUGAAGAGUACCAGCGCGAGGCGACCCUGGAAGGUGAUACCGAUUCUACGAUUUUGGAACGUGCCUCGAAGGCGAUCACUGAGGCUCGGAAAGCUUGGGAGGCAACGCUUAGCCUUGGCGCUUUCAUUGAGGAUCCGUCCGGGGACACGCAGACUUCUGCCACUGCCAUUGAAGCAGAUUGGCAACGUAGAAUCAAAGACACCAUGCGUGCCUGUAUCGGAGCUAGCAUUGCUAUCGAGAUGGUCAAGAAAAAUCUCUCGACCGAGAAGAAGCUGGAAUUGCAGGUGACCAUUCCCGAGAUCGGGACCAAGAACCGAUGGCAUGACUGGUGGAGCGUGCCGCAGGUUGCUCAGAAGCCGGCGCCGUGA